UAUUCUUUUAAGCAAGGUUGUGUUUCUGGUGCCUUAAUUUGUUGUAAGUUCGUUGCUGCUGAUUUGCACAAAAUGGCGAAAAACUUAGAAAAGAGCUUCAGGGCUGUUGCGAUAGACUUGUUCCGUGAGCUGCGGAAUGAGGAUCAAGGGAAUAUCUUCUUCUCGCCGUUCAGCAUCCAGGCGGCUUUCUCCAUGGUUCUCGCGGGUUCUGGUGGAGUUACUCAUGAAGAAAUGUCGAAAGUGUUGCACUUCGUUGCUGCUGAUUUGCACAAAAUGGCGAAAAACUUAGAACAGAGCUUCAGGGCUGUUGCGAUAGACUUGUUCCGUGAGUUGCGGAAUGAGGAUCAAGGGAAUAUCUUCUUCUCGCCGUUCAGCAUCCAGGCGGCUUUCUCCAUGGUUCUCGCGGGUUCUGGUGGAGUUACUCAUGAAGAAAUGUCGAAAGUGUUGCACGUUAUGACCAAAAACACCGGAGACGUUCAUGACCAAUUCAGAGACUUGUUGAAGACAAUAGAGGAUCACAAAGACGUGACCUUGGCAACCGCAAACAAGGUGUUUGUGCAAGAUGGAGCCAAAAUUCAGGAAGAGUAUUUGAGUCGAGUGAAGGAAAGCUAUCUCAGUGCCGUUGAAAACACUGAUUUCAGCGAUGACGCUAAUCGCGCCAAAAUAAACGCAUGGGUUGAAGAUCAAACAAAGAACAAGAUCAAAGAUUUGCUCCCUCCAGGCUCUUUGAACGCCAUGACCAGGAUAGUUCUGGUAAAUGCGAUUUAUUUCAAAGGAAACUGGUUGAACCAGUUUGACCCGGCAAGCACGAGAAAUCAACCAUUUUUUCAGACUAAGGAGAAAACUAUUGAUGUGCCGAUGAUGUCAAGGAAAGGACAUUAUCGUCUCAUUGAUAUUGAUGCUUUGAACGCGAGAAUUCUGGAGCUGCCUUACAAGGGAGAAAGCAUGUCCAUGUUUCUGCUUGUUCCAAGAGAAGUGGAUGGACUGGAGGCGCUAGAAAGUGCCUUGACGCAUGAAAUGCUGGAAAAGGUUAUUUCUACGAAAGGCGCUCGACGUGAGCUGACUGUCGUCUUGCCGAAAUUUAAACUUGAAUCCUCCUUCACCCUCAGUAAAACGUUAUCCAAGCUUGGAAUGCCGAGUGCGUUCAAUGCAGAUGAGGCAGACUUUUCUGGGAUUACCGGCGACAAAUCAUUGUUCGUGAGUGAAGGUUAUCACAAGGCCUUCUUGGAGGUAAAUGAAGAGGGAAGUGAGGCUGCUGCUGCAACUGCCGCAGUAAUGAUGUUGCGAAUGAUGCCAAUCAACAUCACGGUCAAAGCCGAUCGUCCCUUUUGCUUCUUCAUCAUGGACAACCGGAACAACGUCCCAUUAUUCCUUGGGCACGUGAUCAGACCAGAGGCUUAAAAAUCGCUGAAACUUGCGAAUUAAUAAGACAGCUGCCUGGAUCUAUCUAUAUGAACUAUUAUUCAUAUGUUUAAUCAUCGCGUGGAUUGUGUCGUGAAUGUGGCAUUAUUUUACUGGCACAAUUUCUUGAGCUUUUACCACGAGUUGAUCGAUGUAUUGUAGUUGCUUACCUCAACACGCCAACACGAAAAAUAUGUUCAGUAUUUACGUGUAUGUGAUGCGCACAGUGCUUUAUGUUCCAACUAUGUGAUGUUAAACGUCGAAGCUGUUGAAUUGACGAAUAGAAAGUCUAUGUUCGCAGAGAAA